AAUGCACACCGCCUUCGUCUAAAGUCCGUGGCAGAAUUGCAAAUCUGAAAGUAUUCUUUUGAGCUUACCGAAAGGUGCAACCUGGGGCUUGACCACGCGUGCUUUCUCUCACAGCUCCGCGGUCUCUGGCCUCGACUUUAGAGGACGAUAUUCUCAAGUCGCCUUAAGGUCAUUUUCCCAGGUCAUAAACCCCUCUUCCGCGGUCACCCCACCACGCAGUCGCACGUCCAUCCGUUCCGCAUCACCUCCGAGCCCGUCGCAGACAUCACUGUCGCCGUUGUAAGACAGUUCAUGGGGACGCAAUACACAUGAGGAUUACGAUACAGUAUUUAUUCACUAUCCGUGUGACUUUUGACGCUACUAACCCUGCGCGACCUUCCCAUGAUGUCUUCACUGGACAUCUCGAGACCGACCUAUAUCAUAUAGUCGGCAGGGGCAUACCCCAGUUUCUUUACCUAAUCUCGGAUUUCUGGAUUUUAAUGUCUAAAUCUACCAUCGGAACGAGGCAGGAUACAUUUAUACCGCUUAUCAGGUAAUUUCUUAUUGGUUGAAAGCUGCGCGAUGGCUGGCAGAAAGGCCGCAUCUACUGGCGCUAGCCAGGAAAAUGGCUCCGAUGGCGAUAAGACGACAAACAGAAAUCCAUAUGAGACAAAUCCUGAAAACAUCCCGCAAGAUGACAAUUUUUUUAAGUUAAGCCCUCAUUACGGCCGUUAUGCUGCGCGGGACGAUGAUUUCAAACCCCGCCACGAUCACUGGUGGCAAUCGGACCCAGAUGCGAUCCCGUAUUGGGAAAAUAUGGUGAGAGAAAAUUGGACGCCAGCGAAUUCUUUGAAUUCUCCAGAUGGUCGUCAGGCUUUUGCUGUUGGUAGUGUGAUAAUCAGAGUCGAUGGCGACGAGGUGGUUGACACAACUGCGGAAAAGUUCUCGUGCGCCAACGCGAAUGAACUGAGCGCAGCAAGAAAGGCAGAAGAUGUGCUAAAAACACUGGAUGUCACUGUCCCAGUGAUACAUUUUUGUGGGACAAUCGAUGGGAAAAACGUCUCUGUGGAGUCUAGAAUUCCAGGAGUUUCUCUAGAGAUUGCGUGGCGAUACCUUAACGCCGAGCAAAUCAACAAGUUCAAGCAAGAGUGUCGUCGCAUUCUAGAGCACAUGGGAAAUGCCGAUGCUGCCCCUGACAGCCCGUCGUAUAUUUGCCGUGGGCUCAACUCACAGCUGCCACCUGAGAUACGAGAGACGGAGAAGGAUAUACUGUUUCAAGAGAAAAGGGAGGAUGAGACAUUAUGUUUAGUGCACAACAACAUGAUUCCUUCCAAUAUAAUUGUGGAUAAUGACCGAGUCGUGGGUAUCAUUGGCUGGCGGCAUAGCGGAUUUUUCGGAUUCGAAAGGGCCGACAAAAUACAUCGACAGUUCAGAAUUCCAGGGGGCUCCUUUGUGGAGGCAGUUGACGGCAAGAUUGAAGAUACACAAGCAUGGGCCGAUCUUUACGAGAAUCUCUCAGAUCCAAAAGUGAGCUCUCAGCUUGAGACGAGCCAAGAUAAAUCAGGGCCACAAGUCAAGACCGAACCAUCAAACGUCACUCUAGACAAGGUUCCCGCAAGUGAAGAGAUUGAUAGCAAGUCUAUCUUGUCCCAAGUUGAUGGCUCAAACUUGCCUAGCGAACACCCGACGCCGAAGAAAAUUGCCGAUCUCAAGCAUGAAAGAGGGUCACGGGCAUCAUCCUCCGAUCGGUCAUCUCCAGCCAAUUCCGUGAAGCCUAGUUCAUCAGGUAGGAAAUCAACACCCAGCGGUGGAAAGAAAGGUACCGCAAAGAAAUCAACCGCGAAAAAACGCAAAAUCACCGAAGAAGACGCUGAAAGUUUUGAUGGCCAACAUUCCAACACUCCAUCAUCUCGCGCCAGUAAAACGCCUGGAGUCAAAAAGCAGGGUUCGACAUCUGUAGCGGGCUCUCCAGCACCCGAAGGCAAAAAGAAAGGCGCUAGAACUAAAAGGGGCGCUAAGAAAGCUGCAUCGAAAGAGGAAGAACACGAUGGCGAAGAAACUUCAACAGAUGAGAACGAAUUGUUCUGUAUUUGUCGUAAACCUGACAAUCAUACAUGGAUGAUUGCCUGCGAUGGUGGAUGUGAGGAUUGGUUCCAUGGAAAGUGUGUGAAUAUUGAUCCAAAAGAUGCAGACCUGAUUGAAAAGUAUAUAUGCCCGAAUUGCAAAGAACAGGGUAAGGGAUGGACCACUUGGAAGCCAAUGUGUCGAGUCCCCGCUUGUCGAAAGCCAGCUCGGUUUAACAAUAAUAAUCCUAGCAAGUACUGUUCCGAUGAACAUGGUCGGGAAUUUAUGCGUCUGAGAACCCAGCAUCUCAACAUAAGUUCGGCCUCUGAAAGCAAGAAGACGGAAGACCUUGGGAGCAGGGGUGGGGUACUCACUGCUGGUGAUCUCAAAGCUGUGAUAAUGAAUGUGUCAUCAGCGGUGGAAUUCCGUAAGCUUGGCGAGCGGAUCGUCUCCCUACCACCAGAUGACCCUGAUACGGACACAAAGGCGAACGAAAAGAAAAAGCUUGGAUUGGAUGUCGCCCCCAGUGACCUUACGUACUCACCGGACGAGUCAUUGAAACUUGAAGAGUUACGCAAGCGGCGUGACGAGCUACUUCAUCGCAAGAGUAUGCUUAAUGUACGCAGCACUUUCUUGAAUCUUGUCCGUCAACGGUCCAAGAGUGUGCUAGAACGGUUGAAGCAAACCGAACCAAAAGGCGGAUGGAAGGACAUCUGCGGUUUUGACUCACGACUAGCCUGGUCUGAUGAGGAGUUCGACGAAUGGAGGUUAUCGGAUGUCGGAGCAAAAGCACUUGAAGAUGGAACCCCUGAGGCACUGGCGUCUAGCUUUCCUCGCACAACCGAUGCAGAUGGUGACACUGCUAUGAAUGACGCUAAAGCUGAAGAAGACGACGUUAGCAGCUUGACGCGAGGUGUUUGUAUCAAGAAGCGCUGCGAAAGGCAUAAGCAAUGGGUCAAGGUUCAGCAACAAGAGAUCUUAUUCGAGGAGGACACCGUUAGCCAGGAUCUCUCUAAGUGUGAAAAGGAAGCACAAAAUGUCGUGGAGAGAGCUGUCCUCAGAAUGUGGGCUGAAAAAGAAAAUUCCCAAGUCGGAGGUUAGUGAAGCCAAACGACUGAACCGAGAGAUCAUAGUGUUAUUUUGCAAUGAUGUUGAAGGUGAUUUGCAUAACUGAUACCCUUGUUCGCGGAAGGAAAUUAAAAGGCAGGAUUUCGAAAUGGAGUUGGUGUGUAUAUCUGGUAG